UAAAACCCAAGGGACUGUACAGAAGAAGAAAUAACAAGACAUUUUUAAGAAACAAUUUAAAAUACCUCUUGCUGAGAUUGUGAUUUUUUUCCUUUGCCCUUCUUAGAAUGUACCAAGGAGAAAAGGUUGGUUGUUUUUUUUUAAACUUUAGUUUCACUUUCCAGAUUGCAGCAAACUUCCUCACUUCCCAGAUGAAAAGGACUGGAUUUGGACUAAUGAAAAAAGGAAUGGUCAGCUGCCGUCAGAGUAAGUGAAGGUUUUAGGAUUUUUUUGGUGGAUGAUCACAAUUCUGACAUUUCAGAAGAGUCUGUGUCUUUUUCCUUUUUCACUCAUCCUGCCUGGCAUUUGGCAAAAUCAUGAGCAGAUAUUUGCUUUAUCGUAUCUACUCCUUUUUGGGACUGUUGCCCUUUUGGAUACUGUGUACAUCUUCUACCAACAAAUGUACUGUUAGACAUGAAAUAGCUGACUGCAGUCAUCUGAAGUUGACUCAAAUACCUGAUGACCUCCCAACAAACAUAACAGUGUUGAAUCUUACCCAUAAUCAACUCAGAAGAUUACCACCUGCCAAUUUUACAAGAUAUAGCCAACUUACUAUCUUGGAUGGAGGAUUUAACUCCAUCUCAAAGCUGGAGCCAGAAUUGUGCCAAAGUCUCCCUUUGUUGGAAAUUUUGAACCUCCAACACAAUGAGCUAUCUCAGCUUUCUGAUAAAACCUUUAUCUUCUGCAUGAAUUUGACUGAACUCCAUCUAAUGUCCAACUCAAUCCAGAAAAUUCAAAAUAAUCCCUUUAAAAACCUGAAGAAUUUAAUCAAAUUAGACCUAGCUCAUAAUGGUUUAUCAUCUACUAAAUUAGGAACUCAGCUGCAACUGGAAAAUCUCCAAGAGCUUCUACUAUCAAAUAAUAAAAUUUCUGCACUGAGACGUGAAGAACUUGAUUUCCUUGGCAACUCUUCUUUAAAAAGAUUAGAGUUGUCAUCAAAUCAAAUAAAAGAGUUCUCUCCAGGGUGUUUUCAUGCAAUUGGAAAAUUAUUUGGCUUCUCUCUGAACAAUGCCAAACUGAGCCCCAGUCUCAUAGAAGAGCUCUGCUUGGAAUUAUCGAACACAAGCCUUCAGAAUCUGUCCCUGAGCAACAACCAGCUGUACACAACCAGCAACACAACUUUUGUUGGGCUAAAGCAGACAAAUCUCACAAUGCUCGAUCUUUCCCAUAACAGCUUAAGUGUGAUUGGUAAUGAUUCCUUUGCUUGGCUUCCACAUCUAGAAUAUCUCUUUCUGGAGUAUAAUAACAUAGAACAUCUGUCUUCUCGCUCUUUUUAUGGGCUUUCCAAUGUGAGAUACCUGAAUCUGAGACGAUCUUUUACUAAACAAAGCGUUUCCCUGGCUUCACUUCCCAAGAUUGAUGAUUUUUCCUUUCAGUGGCUAAAAUUUUUGGAGUAUCUCAAUAUGGAAGAUAACACCUUUCCAGGCCUAAAAAGCAAUACUUUCACGGGAUUGACAAGGCUGAGGUGUUUAAGUCUAUCCAACUCCUUCUCAAGUUUGCGAACUUUAACAAAUGAAACGUUUUUAUCACUUGCUUGUUCUCCUCUGCUCAUACUGAACCUGACCAAAAAUAAAAUCUCAAAAAUCGAGAGUGGUGCUUUUUCUUGGCUGGGCCACCUAAAUGUACUUGACCUUGGCCUUAAUGAAAUUGGGCAAGAACUCACAGGCCAGGAAUGGAGAGGUCUAGAAAAUAUUGUUGAAAUCUACCUUUCCUACAACAAAUACCUAGAGCUGACUAGCAACUCUUUUGCCUUGGUUCCCAGCCUUCAACGACUGAUGCUCCGUAGGGUGGCCCUUAAACAUGUGGAUAGCUCCCCCUCACCUUUUCACCCUCUUCCUAACCUGACCAUUCUGGAUCUAAGCAACAACAACAUAGCCAACAUCAAUGAUGAACUGUUGAAGGGUCUGGAGAAACUAGAAAUUCUGGAUUUGCAGCAUAACAACUUAGCUCGCCUCUGGAAGCAUGCAAACCCUGGUGGUCCUGUUCAUUUUCUGAAGGGUCUUUCUCACCUCUACAUCCUUAACUUAGAGUCUAAUGGCUUUGAUGAGAUCCCAGCAGAAGUCUUCAAGGACUUACGUGAAUUGAAGAGCAUCGAUUUAGGAUUGAAUAAUUUAAAUAUCCUUCCACCAUCUCUCUUUGAUAAUCAAGUGUUGCUCAAGUCAUUAAGCCUUCAGAAGAAUCUCAUAACGUCUGUUGAAAAGAACGUUUUUGGGCCAGCCUUCAAGAACCUGAGUGAUUUAGAUAUGGGCUUUAAUCCAUUUGAUUGUACCUGUGAAAGCAUUGCCUGGUUUGUUAAUUGGAUUAAUAACACCCAUACCAACAUCUCUGAACUAUCAAGCCGUUACCUCUGCAACACUCCACCUCAAUAUCGUGGUUUCCCAGUGAUGCUUUUUGAUACAUCACCCUGCAAAGACAGUGCCCCAUUUGAACUCCUUUUCAUGAUAAAUACCAGUAUCCUACUGAUUUUUAACCUUAUUGUACUGCUCAUCCAUUUUGAAGGCUGGAAGAUAUCUUUUUAUUGGAAUGUUUUAGUGCAUCGAGUUCUUGGUUUCAAAGAAAUAGACAGACAUCCAGAACAGUUUGAAUAUGCGGCAUAUAUCAUUCAUGCCUAUAAAGAUAGGGAUUGGGUCUGGGAACACUUCUCCCCAAUGGAAGAAGAAGAUCAUACACUCAGGUUUUGUCUGGAAGAAAGGGAUUUUAAGGCAGGUGUCCUUGAACUUGAAGCAAUUGUUAAUAGCAUCAGAAGGAGCAGAAAAAUUAUUUUUGUUAUAACACAGAAUCUACUGAAAGAUCCAUUAUGCAAAAGAUUCAAGGUGCACCACGCAGUUCAGCAAGCUAUUGAACAAAAUCUGGAUUCCAUUAUAUUGAUCUUUCUUGAGGAUAUUCCGGAUUAUAAACUGAAUCAUGCGCUCUGUUUGCGAAGAGGGAUGUUUAAAUCUCACUGCAUCUUGAACUGGCCGGUUCAGAAAGAACGGGACCUCGGCGAGGAGUGGGCCUCGGACAGCGACUCGGAGGACCGCCGAGCAGCAAGAGGACUGCCACAAGGAUCUGGAAAGCAGAGUUUUGCUGUGAAAAGCAAAGAUCCUUUACCUACACAUUUUACAAGAAAUGUACAGAAAGCCAUUGAUAAAUAUACCUGUGAAUCCGUGUCAUCAUUUUCAUCAAGUGGAAGCCCCAUGCCCACAGAAGCUCCCAACUCCUGGUCUGGGUCUGGGACACAGAGUUCAACCACAGGCUUAUCAACUGAGAGGAGCUCCAUUUACUCUUGGAGAGAUGAUGAGUUUGACAAAGCCAAUGCACAGAAAGUACAGCAGUUAUUCUGGGAGGUCGAGGAAAUGUUAUUUGAAGGGAAAGUAAGCCCUCAGACCCAGAAUCUACAGGCUGAAUGCAGUGAGUGGGCAGGAAGGUCCCUCCAUCUGAGAGUAUUAGGAAGACAGCUCAUCCUGCCCACUGAUGAAGGGGUCCGGCAUUUCCAGGGCAGCAAACCUGCUUCUGCCGUCCACAGACCCUUCUUUGACGACUGUGAACCCAGCAGCAGCAUCAGAGAGCUUUGCAUCGCCGGCUCUCAAAUAGUUCCGGCCGCACUCUCAGCCCUCACCCUGCCAGGUCCUGUUGGCCCAGGGGUUGUGGACCUCACGGCAUGUUCAUCCCUGGAAGAAGAGGUUUAUGAUGUGGAUGGAAAGAUUGAAGAGUAUUUCGCUUUUGACAGAAAAGAAGAUGACGGGGACUGUCUUGAACAAAACCCAGCUCAUCACCACAGGACGUGGCAUAAGCAUGGACUUCCUCCCGUAUCCCCGCAUGACUGUGUCAGAGACGCGGUGGCUGCAGAAGUGUUUGAUCACGUCUGGACAACUGUGGUGGAAAUACUGGAAAAGCUGAUUAGAAAAAACUGGGAAAUUACACUCACAGAAGGAAAAAUACAGAAAGAAAAAUUGAAAGUAGCCGAGAAUAAAUCUCCACCUAUGGUCAUUUCCUGUAUUAAUGCUGAUGUGUCCAGUGUUCCCCCAUCCAGAAGUUCUGAAACUCGAAGUGUAUCCCUGGCUUCUCAUCUUAACCCACCUCAGAUUCAUCGCUUCUCCAGUAAUUUUUAUAGUGACUUGAAUGGUGUGAUGACAAUUCAAGCAAAACCACUUCAGCAGAGACCUACCUAUUUUUCAGAUAGAACACAGAGUGCACAAGAGGAGAAAUCACUGGGUGUAGGGGCCGGUGCUCUUUCCCCGGCCCAGCACCGUCUGGCACGGAUCUUGGAUGCUCGCGGACUACAGACUUCUGCAAAGAAAACACUGGCAUACAGGAGGCUGCCUUCUCUUACCUCAGAAUCACAGAGAAUAAAAAUCCCCAGUGUGUACAGUGAUGAAGUUCUUAGGGGAACAAAACUGCAAACUGGCGUGGACCGCACGGCCUCCCCACCAGUUCAGACCUCAAGGAGCAGGUUGCCACCAAUAGGCCCAGAGACUGGGGAGCAGAAUAUGGCAGUUCCCGGAUCGCGCCCUGUUUCUUUCAGAGGAAGGCAUCCGCAAAACCAUGUGUUAAGCACAGUACCUGCCCGUGUAGAAAGAUCACCCCUUCAAGAAAGAUCUCUGGCCACGGAACAGUUUUAGCCCAGCACAACCCAUACAUUUCGGUCAGAUAUGCCUCGAAAAGGUUCAUUGACACUGAGGAAAUUUGCUGGUCACACAUGGACAGGUCAAGGUUUUUUGACAGGUUCACAAUUUCCACCUAAAUCUUUUCAGAGGACAACUUUGACUUUCAGAAAGAGAUUCCAAGUGGCGUCUUGAUGUGGCUUCACCAGGACUACAACACCUGCUGGAGCAUUCGCAGCCUCAGGACACCAUUUAUCACCUGAAAAAUGGAAGAAGUAUUGUUAUGUAUCUGUCUGACAGUCCGAGAUGUUAGACUGCCUGAGAGAAAUGCAAACAAACACUUAAUUUUGAACACUUUGUGCUGUAAAGAGAAUACAAGUCAAACUCACCAACCUUCUUCAUUAUCGGAAGCAUUCCAGUAAAGGUUCUUUAGGCUUUGCUCAGAAGAAUCUGUGUUUAUAAUUCAGCCUUUUAUUAAUUAUACACAGACACACACAUGCUUAGUGCAUGUAUUCACACACUACUUAAUAUAUGAAAGUAUAUUAUCUAGGAAUAUGCCAUUUUAUCUAGGAGUAUGUAACUUUAUGUCUUGACAUUUUUUGUCUCAUUCUAUUAAUUCCAUCAAAGUCCUAGUCACUAAUAGAUAUUACUCCCUCCUUUAGAAAAUAGCAAAGUCAUCUUUGGUACAAUAUGACAGGUUGACUAAUGUUCAGAUUGUUCUAGUCAUUUUAUACCUUCUUAAAAAAGCACUUUAGUCAUGAACCUCUUUGAGCAAUGGCAGUGGCUGUCUUAAGCCAAGCUUGUUUUCAUCCUCAAAUUCAGGCAGUUUUCAUCCUCAAAUUCAGGCAGUCUAUUUAAAAUAUAAUAAAAUAUAAAUGAAUAUAAAUGUAGUUAAAAUAUAUUACAUAUGGUUUCCUCUUUAUUGUUUACAACGGAAGUGCUUGUCCACUGGAGGGAAAGCUUUGCAGAAGCAUCUUCCUUAUUUCAUUAUAAUCUGAUCUCUGCUCAAUGUCACCUCUGCAAAAGGCCUUCCCCCCGGAUCCCUCUGUUUAAACAGCAUCUCUCCCCUCUGUCCUCUAGCCCUGCCUUAUUUUUCCUUCAGAGCAUGUGUCCUGACCUGACACUAAUACAGAAAAUGGAACAGAGAAGCCACAGGAGCAAUGAUCAAUUGAAGGCAACCCUCUAGGGUCCUUUAUCUUUUGCUCUUCUUUCCCCUUUACCUACCGUUGUUUUCCUUUAUAGCGAUCGAAACCCUUAGACUCAGUUUGAUAUUCUCAGAUCUCAAAUAACCAUAAUUUCUUCUUUUCUAUCGAUAAUUAUAUUCUGUGAAGCUUUCAUUAAUCCAAAAUGAGAGAGACUUUAUAUAUAUGUUUUUUGUUUGUUUUUUUGCGGUACGCGGGCCUCUCACUGCUGUGGCCUCUCCCGUUGCGGAGCACAGGCUCCGGACGCGCAGGCUCAGCGGCCGUGGCUCACGGGCCCAGCCGCUCCGCAGCAUGUGGGAUCUUCCCGGACCGGGGCACGAACCCGUGUCCCCUGCAUCGGCAGCCGGACUCUCAACCACUGCGCCACCAGGGAAGCCCUGAUAUACAUCUUAAACUAACAUAGGUAGACUAUCCAAGACUGUUUUUUCUUAGAAAACAACUGAAUAGAUUCCAUGGUAGCUUUACUUUAUCGGGCUUCAGAGUUUUGCAAAUAAGAAUCUAUUAUUACAUAUAUUGACAAAGAUACUUUAAAAAAUAGAAGUACAGUGGUCUAGACUCAUACCUUAUAAACAUUUUCUAUUGCAAAAUAAAGUACUAUUUUAGAGAUAACAAAGUCUUGGCUCUACCACUCACUUAAAAAAAAACAACAACCUGCUCAUGCAUAUAUUUUAACACCUGUAUUAAAGAUAAUACAGAAAAUAAUUGAGAAUUUAUUAAAUAAUGCUUAAAUUAAGGAUGGUGUAGGGCAGUGUUUUCAUAAUAAUCUACUUUGAUAAAUGAGUCUCAUCUUAGAAUUUCCCUAACAAAGUUUGAAAAAGACAGAUCAAAUUACUCCUGAGAUCAAUUUUUAAACUAAGGUUAGUGACUAUAUUAAUUAAAAUGUCAGUUUAUCCAAAACCAAAGAAGAAAUGAAGGAAUUUAAAAAUAA